CUCGGGAGGGGCUGCCCAGCGCAAUCUCGCCCCUGGCACUUGCUAAGAGAUUCUCAGCUUUUUCUCCGCAGCUGGCACUUGAAGACUCCACGCUUUCCCUCCAGAGGAAAGAAGCCAUCUAUCUAAAUCAGCUGUACUCUCCACGUCCCCCGUUUCUCCCUCCGCCAGCCGCCACCCCCACCCCUUCCAUUGUGUUGUGCGUUUAGCUCAGCUUCCUGUGUAAGACCCUAACCUCAUUUGUAGGAGCAGGCGUUACUGAGAAUUUCGGAACCUCGAGUUGCAAUGGAGCUGUACGGAAAGAUGGCCUCUUCCCAAGAUGCCCGGUAUGGCCAGAAAGACUCCUCUGAUCAGAACUUUGACUACAUGUUCAAAUUGCUCAUCAUCGGCAAUAGCAGUGUGGGGAAAACAUCUUUCCUGUUCCGUUAUGCAGAUGACUCCUUUACAUCCGCAUUCGUCAGCACAGUUGGGAUCGAUUUCAAAGUAAAAACUGUAUUCAAAAAUGAAAAGAGAAUCAAGCUUCAGAUUUGGGACACAGCUGGCCAGGAAAGAUACAGGACUAUCACCACAGCCUAUUACCGUGGGGCCAUGGGCUUUAUUUUAAUGUAUGACAUCACAAAUGAAGAAUCCUUCAAUGCAGUACAAGAUUGGUCAACUCAAAUCAAAACAUACUCUUGGGAUAAUGCCCAGGUUAUCCUGGUUGGGAACAAAUGUGACAUGGAAGACGAGCGGGUCAUUUCAACAGAGAGAGGCCAACAUUUAGGAGAACAGCUUGGCUUUGAAUUUUUUGAAACAAGUGCCAAGGAUAACAUUAAUGUCAAGCAGACGUUUGAGCGUCUUGUGGAUAUCAUCUGCGACAAAAUGUCCGAGAGUUUGGAGACGGAUCCGGCCGUCACUGCCGCCAAGCAGAACACAAGACUCAAGGAGAGCCCUCCUCCGCCACAGCCCAACUGUGGCUGUUAAUGUCCCCCCCCACAACACACACACACACACAC